UUCACACCCAAAAAGAAAAGCAUCAACAACAGGUGGGAACAAGAUCACUUAAGACGACGAACACCAUGAGGCCAAUUACCAUUCUCGUCGCUAUUGCUUCCGUCGCUAUAGUCCUCCUGGCCGCCGAGGCCGUCACCGGCGGGUGGCAGCCGAUAAAGAACCUGAAGGACAAACACGUUAGGGAGAUUGCCGAGUUUGCGGUGAUUACGUACGAUUCCGGCCUCGACCCCAGAAUAGAGCCAUUGAAGCUCGUGAGCGUGGACGGCGGCGAAACGCAGAUCGUGGAGGGCACAAACUACAAGCUUUUAGUGACGGCAACGCCGGCCAACGAGAGUGUUGCCGCCGGGGGAGAUAUGUACCAGGCCAUUGUUUAUGAGAGCCUUUCUAAUGUAAAGAAACUAGUAUCGUUCAUACCGUGGGAUUAGUUGUAACCGCACUUGCAUGAACAAUUUUUUUUUAAGUUCGUUGGUUAGCAAAUCAAAAAUUAAGAACCAUAAAACUAUAUGUUUAGAUUGGGUUUUUUUUUUAUAAAGUAAUUGGUUUCAAUAACUCGAGUUGUUGGGAGAAGGUUAUGCUAGAUCUUAUACCACUCUCUAACACGUUCUCUCAAACGAAAGCCAACUCACGGGCUUGAAGUUUACACAGGCCCACCAUACCUUGUGCUUUAAUAAACGGUUAAUAUUGGGGGUCGUGGAGAUUCAAACACACGACCACUUGGUCAAACCAGCUCUGAUACCAUGUUAUAAACCAAUCGGUCCCAAUAACUCGAGUUGUUGGGAGAGGCCCAUGUAGGGUACUUAACCACUUCCUUACACGCCCCCUCAAACGAAAGUCGACUCAUGGGCUUGAAAGUUUGCACAGGCCCGUCAUACCAUGUGCUUGAAGACAACGGUUAAUAUUGGGGGUCGUGAGUACUUGAAAACGUGACCUCAAGGACAAACCAACUCUGAUACCAUGUCAUAAACCAGUUGGUUACAAUAACUCGAAUUAUUGAGAAAAGGUUAUGUCGGAUCUUACACUCCUCUCUAACAAUUUUCGGUGCGCUUUGCGGUUAGUCCUCGAAUCAUGCUUAUUCUGUGCGGUUUCAAUUUAACCGCGCGCAUAACGCAACUGUUUUCCAUUCUCAUUCCCAUUAACAUUAUUUUUAGCUAGAAAGUACAAAAAAAAGUUGAGAAUAUUCAACUACUUUGUGGCAUGUAAUGUUGUAAAAUUGGGAAUAUAACAACCAACCGAUAUAAAAGGAGAGUCAAUACUCAAUAGCCUAACAAAACAUAAACUUGCAAAAAAGUUAUGCCCACUAUCUAUAAUGACGGGAUACUAACCUAAAAAUGGACAACUUUACCAUUAGACAAAAAAAAAAAAUAUUUAAGAAUGAAAGAAAUUAAUUAAU